AAUUAGUUUAGAAACCACAAGAAUGGAAGUGCACGUGUAUGUAAACAUAAAAUGUGUAAAUAAUUAAUAGAAGGCCUAUAUUUUUAAAAUUGUAGUCAAUCGAUAAAUAUAUGUUAACAAUGUCAGAAGAGUGUUCGCCUACAGCUCUCAAAGAGUUGUUUUUAGCAAAUAAUGACAAUUUCGAAGAAAGUGAUAUCGGCCAUGCCGCCGAAGCUGUCGGCAAUAUUAAUGAAAUUGAUUUAGCAGAAGAUGAAGUGUGGUUAAUGCAAUGUCCGAAGGGUUUAAAUAUAAAAGAAUUAGAAUCGCAAAUGAUGAAAAUGCCAGGACGCACAAAUUUUGGUAACUUGGAGUCCGUUUGCAUGGAAUUCACAGACGAGCCGAAGAAGGAAGCUUUCGCCUAUUUCGACAGUCGUAAAAGCAAAUAUUCCUUGCGAAUAUUACCAGUUCGAGGCAGUAUAAUUGUACGUGAGCGUCUUAAAGCUAAUAAACCUAUCAGUGAGGAAGAAUUUGCCCAACACUGCCCUACUAAGAGGAAAGUGGCUAUGCCGCGCAAUAUAAAUAUUAGGCAUCCAUUAUUGGGAUCACAAUACGAAGACAUAGGUAAUGUCGACACUUCCGUAAUUCGCCGUUCAAGAAAAGCAGAUAAACAAUCUGCUGAAGUCUUGAAAGAUUCAUUGCUUAAAAAGAGUUCUACACGUUCAAAGAACUUAACACAAAUUAAAAAUAGUGGGAAUGAGAGUGAGAAAGAAGUCGAAUUCGUAAGCGAGACGAAAGGAAAGAAGAAGAAAAAGAAGAAAAAUAAAACUUACGAUGAAGAUCGGAUAGCAGAAGGAUUAGAAGUCACACCAAAAAAAAGGAAAAAAUCGAAGAACUGCACUGAUGAUACAAUUAAUGAUAUAGAAUACGAUUUUCAAUGGUUACAUGACUUAAACUUUUAACUUUACCUUUUACAAAUUUUACAAAAAGAAAUCACAGAAAUACUUUUUACAAAAUCAAAAGA